AUGACAGCGUUGAUGGGUCACGCUUCUUCUGACCUGCACAUUGACGGAAGCGAGACGGCCGCCGGCGGCUUUGGUGCGCCGAACGCCGAGCACGACCUAAUGGCACUUCAAAUGCCCCCUGCUUCGCGAGAGUCACUGGCAAACUUGCUAGCAGAUGCUGUAUCUGCUUCAUGCAUGCCGGGGAUGUCCUUUUACGACGCCACCGCCGAAGUUCCAAUCAUGGAGACCGACGCUGACCACGACGAUGCUAGGAGCUUCUUGUUCUCCCAACUGACGGCCGUAAGCCAAAGGGCCAUGCGGACAGCCCGCCGUCUUUCCCGCUCUGGCACAGGAGCAGGCGCGACUACCUUGAUGGUGUCGUCGCCUGAGGUGACCGAGGCUUUGGAGGACACGAACACGCUGAUAAGCACCGUCAACGAAAUUAUGAAUGUGGUAGCGACAGCAGGAUGCGACGAGUCAAUGACCACGACCGAUAGCACCGGACUGGCCAUCUCGGCUCUAGCUUGCCACCAAAACCUCAUGACGCUCUUCGAAGCCAUCUGCGAUGCCAUAAAGGGUAGACUGCAGGCCAAGAAGGAAGAGCGGGAACAACAGCAAGAACAACAACUACAACACACCACCCGAGACAACAGCGGCGUGGGGCCUCUCAAUGUCGCCCAGUUCGUCAUGGUGCUGCAAUUGCUGAUGCAUCUCAUCAGUCGCAUGGGCCGCAUCUUGGAGAUAUCGAACACGACGGCUGAGCAGGAGAGCCAGUUUAUCGCACCCGCGGCCAUGCUCGAUGGCAGUGCCAUGGCCACCGACGACUAUGCAAUCGACAUUGGCCCCGACCAGUCUACCGCCUCGUCGGCCACAUCAGCCCACCAAUCGACGCCACGCCGUAGUGGCCUGCUCGAGCAUGUGCAAGAUAUUGUCGAAAACAUACCCAGUGAGCGCGAGAGACUGAGGCGCAUUAUUCAACAACUGCAGGCGGAAAUGGACCAUGCGGAGAUACACUAG